UUGGAACCUCAUUUCUUUUGUAUUGGCCCCCAUAAGUACGUGGUACUCACCACUUAUCUCUCUCCAUUUCAGAAAGACUUGGCUGGUGCUCUCCAAGAGGCUGUUGACCUUGCCACCCCAGCAGAAAAAGAUGGCAAACCUGCUCCAGAAGCCACGGUUGAUCCGAAGGAUCUUUCUUCUAUUGAAGAGAUUCUGGUUGGUGGACCUCUUCAUGAAGCCAAGCAUGACAUACUCGGACUAAAAGAGAAGGCCAUUGAACACUCUGAGGACCUUGUCGAAAUAACUUCACUAGAUAGUGCUUUCUCGGAAACGAAAGUUGCACAACGUCUACGAAAUAAACUGAAUACGAUGAUCGAUAAUGUCGAUACGCUCGUAUCAAAGAUGGAGGAGGAGAAGAGAAUUAUAGAAGAAACAAUAGUAGAUCCUGCUCUGCCUGACAGUUCAGCUAAAAGAAGAAAAACAAAUCUUGUAGAUGCUUUAACAAAACUAAAAGCAAGCCCCGCGACUGCUGAAGAUUCUCAGGAUCCAGAAGAGAGGCGUUCUCGCCUGAAGCAGCUUCUUCUGAGCAUGGACCAUGAUGCAGAUGGUAUUAUUGAUGCAGAUCUCGUUUUAGAG